UGCGUGUGUGAUUAGAAUGCGUGUGCAAAGCGAAAGAAAUGGAGGUAAACUGUGAUCGAAUAGCCAUUAGUUUUCUACUUGCAAAGUUUAAUUAUUGAGUUCGUGAUCUUUGAGAGCAAACUUAAAAAAAAAAAAAAAGAGAGAGAGAAGAACCCCGAUUUCGACGUGAUUCUCAUUAAAAAAUAGUUGGCGAGUGAAGUAGUUGAAACGUGUGCCGUCAAGAUGGCGGCACAAACGUAUACGACGUACGCGUCUGAUACGCGUGCGUCAAUUUUCGUGCUUGUGCGAUGUAAGCGGAGCGGCUUGUGUUGUCGUAUGUUCGAAAGCGUUUCGACCGGACUUUCCUCAACAUCGACAAAUGAGACGCAGUGAGCGACGCGUGAUCGACAAGUGCUUUCCGAGAGCGCGAUCGAACGAUGAAUUAUUUGAACAGUAUAGCAGGCGGCACGACGACCGCCGACUCGGGCCUGCAGCUCAACAAUGUCGAGAUACUCUACACCAAGGUGCAGAGGAUUUAUAUCAAGCCACAGCAUAAGGAGGAGCGCCAGCGGGAUCUCAGAGUCAACGUCGAGAUUCACGCUGGCAUUAGUCCAGUUUGCCGUAAGAGCUUGUGUGUUUUGCUAGCCGACGAUGAUGAUCCUUGUUUUCUCUAUUCCUUAUUCAUCACCGAAGAUGACUUUAAAGUGCUAAAAGCGCAACAGGGUCUCCUGGUUGAUUUCGAUAACUUUGCCACUCAAUUGAUAUGCUUGCUGGAACAAUGUCAUAUGCCAGGUACAAACCUGUCGAAGACUCCACCAAAGUUUCUUUUGUUGUUGGCAGAAGAAACUGGAGAUUGGAAUUUUAAGCUUGUGGAGACAAAUAACUUCAAACAUCUUUGCCACUUGAGUUUGAACAUAUCGCCUGCAACUGAUUCAGAUUUGAAGACACAUAUGGCAAUGAAGAUUAAACAGUUAAAGGAACAUGCUUUACAACAGAGCAGAGAUGUGGUUGGUUUAGAAACUAGAUUAAAUGAUCUGACAAGUAAGCUAGAAGCGAAAGCGAAAGAACUAGAGCAUUUGGAGCAAAAAUAUAUGACUGAAAAAAGUCAGAUACAAAUUAAUUCCUCGCAGCAAAUAAGUAUAGAAAAGGACAGAUUGUCUCAAGCACGUUUAGAAUGGCAGCGACAGAGUGAAAAGGAAAAAAUGGAAGUUGAGCAGAGACAUGCUGAAACUGUGAAACAAUUGCACACCGAGCUUGCCGAAUUACGGACACAAAACAUAACAUUUAGGGAUAAGCAAUCUUUUUUGGAAGCUACAAAUGCAGAGCAAAUAAAGCAACUACAGAAUCUCGAGAAGGAUCUUAAUAUUGCCCAACGAGAUUUGGCUCUGCUCAAGAACCAAAACUCGAAAUUAGAUGUAGAUUAUCACGACAAAGAUAAAGCUGUUAAUAAUUUGCGUACAAGAGUAGCUGUGCUCGAACAAGAGCUUAAAGACAAAACAGUGAUCAUUAACAAGCACAUGGAAAUGUUAAAGUCUGGAAAAGAACAGAAACAACAUUUGGAGGAUCUUUUAACCGAAAAAGACAGUCAGUUGCAACGCAAACAAAAUUCCUUGAGAGGCUUAAGCGACGAAUUGGUAAAAGCCAAUGAAAUUUUAACUAAAUUACAAAAUGAACUUGCAUCAACCAAAUCCAAAUUGAAAUUAAGAACGAGCAUAGCGCUCGAGCAGGAAAGAUUAUUAGAUAGCAAGCAGAAAGAAGUUGGCCAAUUGGAAACUAAAAUGGAAGGUCUUAUCAGAGACAUCAAAGAUGCAAAGAAUGAAAUAGGCAAUCUAAAGGAACAAAUUAAAACUUUGCAACAUCAAUUGGAGGAAAAAGAAAAGACGAUAAAAAACAAUGAUAAUGUAAUUAGUUGGCUGAAUCGGAGACUAGCGGACAAUCAGUCGCCUUUACAAAGUGCUACACCAGCUCCAGUUAUAAUACCAUCUACCGUUCCACUAACUUUACCCAGGACAAAUAAAUUAUUUCCUAAUCGAUACGAAACGCGUACUCCUGCACCUAAUACGACACAGCCUAGUACGUUAUCGGGAUUGAUGAAAAAUCCGAUCGUGCAGAAUCCGAAUAUUCAUCAAACCACUCGUACAACAGCUCGAUCGAUGGGUGUUGGCGUAACGGAAAAUUCUGUGGGUUUAACGACCUUCAAGAGCGGCUUAAUCUCGAGCACCAGCACACCUAUGGAGCGCUUUAACGCUGUGAAUAAAGCAUCGGGAAAUACGCCGGCUUCAAUUUCAGCACCGGCUAUAAUCGAGAAUAACAAUGGCCCGGCGGUGAUCUCGAAUGGCACAAAAACUAAAACCGCGAACGUCGGCUUGCAGGGUGGAUUAAGACGAGCAGGUUUGUCUGAUAAACCCAUUUUACCUUCGGCAUAUUUUCCUAAGACAUUGCAUUAAAUGUUUGAGGAGGAAUGUAAGAACUGAGAAGUUGAACUCGUAUUACAGAAUAUUUUAAGAAUCAAAAUGUAGGAAUGACAAAACUGCAAUAUUGCCAUGACGUGACAAUAUUUCAAGUUUGUCAAGUUUGUCUUGAUGAUAGUACAAAUAAUUGUAAGAAUAAUAAGUAUUAUUUACAUGAUAUUUUUCAUAAGGUAAAAAUUCUAAAAAAAUUUUUUAAUCCUACAUUGGUAUCUUUUUAUACACAAAAAUAAUAUAUUUGGCUAGUGUCGAUUUAACUUUGGUCAAUGUAGGAUUAAUAACAAUAUGUAAGUGUUGUAUGUAUAUAUUGAUACAUCUAUACACAACACAAUACAUACACAUAUAUUUCGAUCUCACUUACUACAGCAUGAAAUGUGUAAAAUGCCAAGCGAAUUCUCUAUUUUCCAUUACAGUUAACUUUUUGAUCAACUCUACUUUGCUUCAACAUUAUUAUUAUAAUUAUAUUGAAAAUUACCUUUAAUUUAUAGAUUAUUUAACGAAUUCGUCCAUAUCGAGAUUUACAUCAAAGUAUAAUAAUAUGCAAUAAUAUAUGUAUAUAUAAAUCAAGAGAGUUGCAAUUUAUAAUAUUAAAAUAAUUUUUUUUGCCUAAUAAUUCUAAAUUUAAAUGUGUUUUUAUAUUUAAUGUACUUGUAAAUUGUGAAACUUAGAAACUUAUGCCAAAUAUUGUCGCAAAGUAAACAUAAUUUUUAUAAUUGAUAAAUUUGAAACAGUUAUUUUAAAAUUAACGACACACAUACACAUUUCCUUUAUUUAUCACGAUCACGAUCUAAUUACCAUACAAUUGAUAGCUAAUAAUUAAUCUUUACAUUAUUACAUUAGAUUGGUAAUUAUUUUUGUAUUUAAAGUAUCCUACUUUCAUUUUGAUAGGUACCUGGAAAAUAAUUUUAACUUUGUAGAGUUUAUUAUGAUAGUUAUAUAAAUAUCUUUAUAUAUACAUAUACAUAUAUAAAAAAAUUGAAAAGUAGAAUAUAUAGAGCUCUCUAAUUUUACGACUUAUGACACUAAAAGGUCAAGUAAGGCCAUUUAAUACAAAUGAAAAAAUGUGCCUUUUAUAUCGUAAAAUAGAUUAGGAAAAUUUGCUAUUAUUA